GUUCGAACGUGAGGCUAUUUAAAACAGUGCGCAAGCCCCCUGGCGCCGAGUCUACAGUGGACGACUAAUGAUCAGUACUGUCUUGUCAGCCGUCGAGUGCGUAUUAUUCCAGUGAAACGUGUUUACGCGAGAACGUUUCAGUGUUUGUUUAGUUUCUACAAUUUCCACGCGGCAAAUAACGUGAAAAAUGGCUGACAGUGGUCUCAAGAGAAAUAUCCCCAUCAAGCUUGGUGAUUUUUCGGUUAUCGAUACAGAAUUCUCAAGCAUCAGAGAGCGCUUCGAUGCCGAAAUGAGGAAGAUGGAAGAAGAAAUGAGCAAAUUCAGAUCAGAACUCAUGAACAGAGAAAGCAACAAUUUCUUCAAGAGCACAACUAGCACGACGACAUCUUCACAGCAUAGUGACAGCAGACAGCUUGCCGAGCCCAGUCACUGGGAUAGCUUAAACUCGCCGCUCAUUCAAGACGAGGGUGACGGCAAGACUCUCAAGCUUCGCUUUGAUGUCAGCCAGUAUACUCCCGAAGAGAUCGUUGUUAAGACUGUCGACAACAAAUUACUGGUCCAUGCCAAACACGAGGAGAAAUCUGAUACGAAAUCUGUGUACAGAGAAUACAACAGGGAGUUUUUGUUGCCCAAGGGAACAAAUCCUGAGGCCAUUAAGUCUUCGCUGUCCCGGGACGGUGUGCUUACCGUGGAAGCGCCAUUGCCACAACUCGCCAUCACGGACAGGAACAUUCCUAUCCAGAAGCACUGAGCGGUCUCAUCAUUCGCCACGAGUCCACUGAGGCAGCAGAUAUUCCAUAACUGUUAAUAAUUUAUUUUUAAUUUACGUUUAUAAAUUAAAAUAAGAAAAAAAUCGGCGUUAUUUAUUUAGAAUCUUAUUUUAGUGAAUCUCAAAAUUUAUUAACACCACAUACUUACUCGUUGUAAUUUGUCAAUUAAUGUUUUUGCGUAUUCCAAUUUGCGUUGUGGGACACGGUCUGCGUGUUAAUGUUGCUUUAGUGACAUUCGCUUUCACUGUGCUAGUGGAGUUUGAAGUUGGUAUAAUUAUUUGUCGUGAUUGUAACAAAAAUGAAUUAUAAUGUACCAUUCUCAAUUCCAUUCGGAUGGGUUGAAGAAAAUUUUAUUCAUAUUUUAUUAGUUUCUUACGCCAUCAAGCUCCAACUAUAAAAUGAGCUAACGCGUGUUCAAUGUAGUAUUGAAAGUACUGUGAAUUGUUUUAAGAAUAAUCGGCUAUGACAACGACGAAUGGAAAGUGUCUUAUAUAUAAAAAUGUCCAUUUUGCUUAAUGCCACCUGCUAAUAGCAGCGAUAAGUAGGAUAUUAAUGAAAUACACCAAUUUAACAGCUUAACUUGAUACACAUUUAUAUUUUAGUACAAACAGUUGUUACGAAUGUUUUAGAUGUCAAAUAAAAUAAAUAAAAACGUA